GAAAACGUGUGAGGACAAAUGGAUUUUUUGCUGCUCCUAACACAGCCACAGUAUGUCUGGAAAAAGACGUCCAUCUGAGCUUGACCCUGACUAUGAAGAUGUGACAGAGAGACAAACGAAACGCCAGCGCCUCCUGGAGGAGGGUGCUAAGGAAGCUACAAAGAGAAAAAUUGAGACAAUCAUCAGAAAAGAAUUCCUGACAGAAGUUCAAAACAAGGAAAUGGAAAUCUCUUUAAUUGAUCAGAGGUUGUCUGAGGCUCGAAUGAUGAUGGACCGCCUGAGAGCGUGUAUUGUGGCUAACUAUUACGGCUCUGCAGGUCAAACCAGGGCCUCUCAGCGCAAGCCAACAAUGGAGACCCAAUCUAUACAUCCUGCGGUGAAAAAACAUAUUAUAGGGAAAGCACCUGUUGGGGUACCAAGGAGAGUGAACUGUGUUUCUGUGGAAGAGAAUGGUUCCACAUCCAGUGAUAAUAAGACCAAACAGCGUGAGUUACCCCUGAAGCCAACCUUAAAACAGGAGACGACACCGGAACUAUCUCAGGAGAAGGUCAUCGCCUUCACACCAGGACCUGGGGGAGAUGCUGAGGAAGGUGGGAGGGGAGCGAGGUUCAAGUUGAAGAAGAGGAUUAUUGUGGGAAAUCUAUCAAAGUAUAUUCCUGAGGACAAACGCGAGGACAAUGACCCGUCAACCCACAAGUGGAUGGUCUAUGUGAGGGGACCCAAGGAGCCUAACAUUGAACACUUUGUGAAGAAAGUUUGGUUCUUCCUUCACCCAAGUUACAGGCCUAAUGACCUGGUAGAGAUUAGGUGGGUGACACCCCCACCCUUUCACCUGACCCGCAGAGGCUGGGGGGAGUUCCCAGUUAGGAUUCAGCUACACUUCAAAGACAGCAGGAACAAGAAAGUGGAUCUGAUCCACCAUCUUAAGUUGGACAGAACAUAUACAGGCCUACAAACUCUGGGGUCCGAAACACAUGUUGAUGUGGAAAUUGAAAGAGAAAAGCAGCUUGAAAAACAGAUAGAAGCUCACAAACCAGUUGCUGUCAAAAUUAGUGACAGGCAAGAGACAGCACUCUUGUCUUUUAAGGACUGUUUGAAAAAGAACCAAGAAAUAAAUUCGGGCAAGGAGAAGUUUGCAGACAAAGUUACAGAGGACAAAGUAAACUGUAUUCAGUCAUCUGUACCAAAUGAUAGCACUACAUGUAGUCUAAAGACUCGGACAAAAUCAUGCAGACAGGAAGACAGUGAACUGCUGCGGGCUUUAGAUAAAUGUGAAACGACUGUCUCUUCAGGUGCCGGUGACAUAAAUGUUACAUGUGAUGGCCAUUCGAGUAGUCCAGGUAAACAGGAUCCUGUUCAUUCAUCUGACAGGUGUGAAACAUCAGCAGUGAGCACAAAGUCAGCACUGACUGCAGGGGUCAAAUCUCCUGUGAAACUGCCUCAGACUGGAGAGCUAACCCCUAAAAAGGCACAACUUACGGAUGUCUCAGCUGUACUUUCACCUUCCAAGGUUAUUGUCUCACCAUCCCAGGCAGGCACAACCACAACGACAUCUGCGUUGUCAGAAGGAACGACUGUGACGAUGCCUUAUGCACAAGUUUCCCCUGGCCUUUCGGCUUCAGGAAGCCAGGGCAUGGUGUACGUGAGAUGUGUAGACAACCAGGGUAAAAUCUACCUCAUUCCUCAGCAACUGCUGCCACAGUUGACUGGACUGAGCAGCCAGCAGAGUCCAAACAAGAAGAACAACCUGCUAGGUCGCUCAGUACAGCUUGGGUCCAUUUCUCCAGGGAAAUCUUUGCCGGUGGCUGGAACAUCAGUCUCAACCAUGGAAACUACGUCUCCUGUUUCUCUUCCGUCUUUUCCAAAUUCCACAUCGCUGUUACGGCCACCAAAAAUGAACUCUGUGAAACAGACAGCCACAGUGUCCGUGACAAAAGCAGCUGGGGAGUCUGGAUUGUUGACAUUGAACACUGUGACCUCACCGGUCAAGACCUCACCUCAAGCACCCACGAACAACCCUAAGGACAUUAAAGUCUCCACCAUUGCGAGUUGCCCGAAGGCAAAGCAACCCUUGAUAUUCUUAACCCAGAACUCUCAGAAGACUAUCUCGCUACUACAGGGUAACUCAGCCUCUGUGGGUAAGACUACGGCAGUCAUCGGAGGCAUUGGGGGCAUGAGUCUGGUGCAGCCUUCCCUGGGGUCCCAGGGGGCAACCAAACCUGUCUCAGUCGGAGGAUUAUCUGUGUCAAGUGCAGGGUCAGCUCCUCCUCAGGCGUCAGCUGCAAAUUUUGUGUUGUCAAGGAGUCCUACAGGGGUGACAAACCUAAUUAUAGGAAGCACCCCGAGGCCUCAGACCCAGUCUCUGCCUGGGGCAACCGCCAGAGCCCAAGGGCUCCUAAGGCCUGGGUCAGCUCCUAAAGCUCAACCAUCGGCCGCUAAACUUGUUAUAACCGGGUCGUCGCCGCGAAUGCCAGCUCAAACGAGCGGUUCAGUCAGUUCAGUGAACUUGGGAAGUCUUGUGAAGAAUGAAGGGUGUAAUUCUACCUCUCAGCCUGUCCAGUCCUCUGCUUCUAGUGUGAUCAACUCUGGACGAGUCCUCAAAACUGGCACAACUAUACUCCUGAACAAGGGUCUGCCCAUGUCGAGAUUAACUAAACCUGCAGCACAUGCAACAAAUAUGGCCGUAAGUACAGGUGCAGCUUCUUCUGAGCUGUCCACCUCACAGAUUAAGACUUCUCCUGCAAAAACUCAUCAAACAAUGGUUGCAACCAUCGGCAACCAGCAUUACCUGCUUCAGCUCAUCCCUGAGCAACAGAGCAACAAGCAGACACAGCCAGCAGUAUUGACCAAUACUGUCGGAGGUAACAGCCAAGCAGCAAAACCUGUGAUUGGUCAGACUUUGGUGAAUUUGUCCAAUCAUCUAUCAAAGACUUCUGUGAAUCAUGCAUUGGGUAAUUUGCACCUAUCAGCAUCACCAUUACAAACUGCAGCAACAUCUGCUCUGACUUGCACUGCUACAACCAGUGCUGGAACUAUGAACAGUGUUUUCAUGAACCCCAAUUACCUGACAAAGUCAGGAAACUUUAAACCUGUGCAGCUUACAUCCAGGUAUUCUAGAAAACGAGACAAAGGAGAUGGUGAUGUCUCACUUCUGUCUCAACAAAGGACAGGUGAAGCUAAGAACAGGAUUAUUUUGGGCAAGAAAAACAAGAGUGAAGUGAAAAGUGAACAGACUGUCAAUAUAAGGCUGGAGGAUAUGAAUGACAUGUAUACGCUGGUGAGAACGGUCGUCAAACACUACCCUAUUGUUAGCACAACCUCAGAUCGAAGUGAUCACCCAUAUUGUGCUAGAGCUGUAGAGGACUGGCUGAAGUGGAAUGUGGGCAAAAGAAGGGCUUCAGAGUGGCAGAGAGCUUCUUGUGUAAGGCAGCAUAUUUUACGGCUAAUUGGGAAGAACUCCACAUUUAAAGGGGAACAACUGUGGAGCAUCAGGCAGAUUGUCAGCUGGUGUCGUCUUCAUGCCUUUAGUCCUCACUACCUUGAAAAGUUUCCUGUACAAGUCACAGCUGAGAAAACUGAAAAAGAAUACAAACUCUACAACAGCUACUCAACAUCUGCUAAUAUUCAGAGUACAUUGGAUGCUAUUCAGUCAUCAAGUACAUUUCAGUCUGAUGAAGAUGACAUCGAUAUCAUCAGCAUUGAUCCGCCAGUCUCCAGAGUUAAAGUAAAAAUAAAACAGGAAGAAGAAGAUGGAGAUGUGUGCAUUCUCCCUGCGUCUGAGACGGCUGUCUUUGUCCAGGAGCUGUCUAAGAAGGUUGGCUUGAGGUUCCGAUCGUGGGAGGUAGAGCCGGGUGUGACCGGGAGCUUCACCGAGGAGGUGUUAUUCACGGUGAUGAAAGGCUUUAUGGAGGAUGUUAUUAGACAUUCGUUUGCUACAGCUUCUUUUGAUUCAAACUAUCCACAGGAGAUCAAAGUGCAGGAUAUUUUUCAUGCUCUCUGCUCCCUACAAGUGACAGAUUUUCUUACAAACCAGAACAUUGGCGUGACUGACCCAAACUAUUCCAGCAGUAAGAGGUGACCAGAGUGUACAGUGAUAAAUUUUCUCGCAAACCGACAGCUUGGAGCAUCCAACCCAAACUGUGCAAGCAGUAAGAGAUGACCAGAGUUCAUAGUGGCAUUUUUCUUCACAAACUCGCAGAGUGAAGUUUUGCGAUUCUAGAGAUCAGAGGUGACCAGGAUUUUCAGUGGCAAAUUUCUUCACAAACUAGCAAAGUGAAGUGUUGCGAUUCUAGGGAUCAGAAAUGACCAGGAUUUACAGAGACAUGUUUCCUCGCAACCAGCAUUUUGAGGUAUUUGACCCAAACUGUUCAAACAGUAAGAGGAGACCAAGGUUUAAAAGGGCAAAUUUUGAACCCAAACUGUUUAAGAGGUAAAGGUUUUAGUCAAGAGUUCUUUACCUAAAGUGGGCAGUGGGCAGUGGGCAGCAGUAAAAGAUAUCUAAUACAGAACUUGUCUCAGUAACCAGUACACUCACUUUACUAAACCAUUAUGGCUGAUUAGGUUUGCUGGACUUCAGUUAUAGUUUGUGAUUAUUUCUUUAUGAGAACGGGGAAAGAAAAAAUACAGGUCUAAUGUGAUAUUAAAUUUCACAAAAAUGAAUGACCAAAGAAACCUUGAGAAAAGCCUAAUUUAUUCACAGCUGUAUAAUUCUUGAACCUUUCCUACACAUGUGGUAUGGUGUGUAAUGGGAGAUAGUUACCUGUAUGGCUCAGUCACCUCACUCCAGGAAACAGCAACACUAUGCUCAAAAUUUAAAUUGUUCAGGAAAUAAAUUGCAUUAAGAGGAGUAAGAUUUUCUGACUUGUUUGGGGUUUUGUCAAGUUUUGUCUACUUUUUUACUACCAAGGAUAAAACUGUCAAUGUAAAACCAUGAACAUGGAAGUGUCAGGAGCAGUCUGAUAGCAGCACAAAUCGCAUACAGAGUUGUCUCCCCUCAACUCACCAGAUAGGAUGGUGUAUCUUACUAUACUUAAAGCUGCUUAAAUUCAAGUACAAUCAGAUUUUUUAUUUCACUGUAUAAAUGAAAUUAGGGUCAUAAGAAAGAUGAUUGAAAACUGUUUCUGAAACUAGGUUUAUUUACUUACGUUAGAUUAAAUUCUUGUUAUAUGCAGUCAAAUAUAUUGAUUGUAUAGUGGGUCCUACAGACCGUAUUGAUAAUGUAUGUCACUAAUGUCUCAACCUUCCUUUCUGGCCCAGAAAUAGACGACGAAGGGAUCCGUAGAGUGCAUGUAAUGUGCCUCCUUGUCAUAGGAUGGAUUUCCACCGCUCUUUUAUCUAGUGCUGCUUCACUGAGAUGCCUUACUGAAGGCAAGUAAGCCGCCCUGCCCCGCCUGAGCCAUUAUACUGAUUCGGGUCAACCAGUCGUUGCACUAUCCCCUUCAUGCUGAAUGCCAAGUGAGGAAGUUACAACUUCCUCUUUUAAGGUCUUCGAUGUGACUUAGGAUUGACCCUGCAUCUACCUCUCCUGAACCCAGAAAUAGACAUCCAGGGUCAGGCUAAUUUUCUCACACACAGGUACAUGUAUGUGUAUGGUUCACAAGAAAUUUAUUCAGAAUGUGAAUGUAAAGCCUCGCCUAACUGUUUCUACACCUUUCAAAGGGGCACAUGUAGAAAAGGGUGUGACAUCGAUGGCUGACGAUAUGGCCCAUAAGACCCACCAUACAAUCAGAAUAUUUGACUUCAUUUAUGAAAAAACCUUAAUAAAUAUAAAGUGAAGGUGUUUUCUGAUGAUGUUCUCAAUGGUUAUUUAACUGGUGCUUAUUUCAUUGUUAAUGUUUCUUUCUCUUUAAUAAUGGGGAUAAGUUCAGUGUCCAUCGAUUGUCUACUAUGUCUGAAACUUUUUCAGAAAUAUUAAACAUAAUCGAAAAUAGUUCCCUUACAUUUUGGACAUGUCUCUUGGCACAGUGUUUUUACUUUUAUAGACAAAAGAGUCCAAACAUUAAGCCUGUCUCUGAUAAGUUAACAUUUCCCUAGUGUACCAUCACAUGCUCCAUAUCUGUGGUUUUUGGGGUAGGAUUUGGGUUAUUCAGAAUUUUCUUCUAAUCAUGAAUGCUGAAUUAAAAUGACAUGUAUAUCCUCUGUCAGAAUAGCUCUGUUCACCUGACACCCAGUCCUUAUUAACAGUAAUCUUUUAUUGUGGAAUAGUACGGAAGUGUACGGGUUACCUAGAACUCAGGCUGAUAUUAUACUGGCCAUGCCAGUAGGAAUUUAACUGGUGAAUACUGAAGACCAUGGAAUACUAAGUGAGAAUGGGGAAGAUUUUUGUAAAGUUUCUCCAAACUCGUCAUCAUUGUGCAAUAAAUGUACCUCCUUAGGCCCGCUUUGCCUUUUUUAUGGUAUCAGAAUAUGUUGGUGCACAUUUAUUACUAAAGGCGUGACAUUUGACUUUAGUUCAGUGAAUUUAGUAAUCAAUUGGAGUGAGAUAAUCAACACGAAUGUAUUUAAUACUGCAUUAGUAUUAUGGUUUAACUACAGCCAAGUUGUACAAUUUCAAAUAAUUCAUUUUUUAUUGGCUUGUUAAUAAACCUAUAUUACUGUUUUUGGAAA